CCGGCGCGCCCGGUCGGGCCUGGGCGGGCGCGGGGGUGUCCGGGCUCAGCGGCUGCGGCAGUGCACAGCCUGGCGUGCCGGGCUGUGCUGGGACAGCGGCACCCUAUUCCUGCUCGUUUCGGUCUUUACUUUGUGCGACAGCUAGUGCCAGUAUGUGUAAGAGCGUGAAACAGGCAGUUCUGACCUUGGAUCUCUUGGGAAAACGAGAUUACACGCCGAUCCGUGGUCUUCUAGUGACCCUCCGGGUCUGUUCCCUGUCAAAGCCGUUUACACACUCCUUAUCCUAGCUGUGCCAGGACGACCUGUUGGCUUAGGCAGUAUGCUGCAGGGGGUUUAGCAAGUUAAGAAAUUUGUUGUAAGUAAUUUUUUUUUUUUUUUUUAACUUCGUUUAUUACUUGGGUUAGUCUUGGUACAAAAGUAUCUCACUGGCCACCGUCUGACAUUAACUUCUAUCAUACGGAAGCUGAUCACACAACGGCUGAACUGUUAGAAGAGUUUGUAGUCGAGAAGGAGAUGCACAGAAGAUGAUGCAUCUUUCUGCUUCUCUUUGGCAGCCUGGAGACAGAAAUUUCUGUCUCCCCAUCUUAAGUGCUAUUUUAUUGAGAAACAUUGUUGAAAUAGGUUUUUUAAAGCAUUGCUUUGAUCAGAAAUAUUUUGGAGAUCAGAAAAUAGCAGGAAGUUUUUAAAGCAUACUCUAAUGUCUUCCAUGGUUGUCUUUCUGUCUGGUAAAGUAUCAGUUCCUCCUUUUCUGGGAACAGGAACUUAGGAUAUGGACUCUUGUUGGCUAGGACAGCUCAUUUUAGCUUUUCUCUGUCAUCCUCCUACAAAGCUGGCACUCAUCUAAUUUCUUUAAGACUGUCAGUAACUGUUGCUGAAGUUUCAGUGCCCUAGUUUCUUACUUCAAUCUAAUUAUUAUUGUAAUUUUCAUGGCUGCAAUGUUCUGAAGGGGUCAUAGGUGUUUUUGAAGAAAAGGCAUUGAUAACUGCUGCACUUAUUUUUUCAUUUUUAUGUAUUUGUGAAUGAGGGGCAAGUUAGUUGAAAUUCUAGACCGGAUUUCAACAGAAAUUUAGGAAAUUGUGUUAAGUUCUUCACUGUGAAUAUAUGAGAAUUUUUAAUAGGAGUCCUACUUCAUGUUGUUUAGCAAUCUUUUUGAAGACAGAAUGACCAAAGUGUACUAUAUUCUACAAUCUAGACUUCUAAAGAAAUUAAGAUAAUUUAGAUAAUUUUUGUAAUCUGUCUAGUCUUCUCAGCUGGUAAAACUUCAGUGAGUUCUGUGUCCAGAACUUGCAUUCAGCAAGAAUAGCUGACCCGUUUGAAGAAGUUCACAAAAUAGCAGUUGCAGUUGGAGAUCAAGAAAGCAUUAUGUUUGAGGAAAAAAAGAAAGAUUUCUUUAGUUUAAAUACAAGAUUGAAGCUAAUAUCUAAUAACUGUUUAAAGUUUUAGAAUGUUCAGCACAAAAGAAAAGGAGCAAUUUUGUUCUCUGUAUUCACAACAAAUAAGGGAAAUUAGAAGAAAAUUCGAUUUAAAUAUUGGGGGAAAAGUUAAAAGAUAAGAAGACAAUUAGGUAGUUUGGGAAGGCUGUAAAAUCUUCGUCAAAGGUCUCUAAGAGAAGAUUAGACCAAUAAAGGGAAUUGAGACUGACUUGGAAAGGAGGUCUUAGGACUCUGCUAUUGGUUUAACUGGGACUAAAUAAGAAAAAAGAGUUUGAAGGUCAUUUGACAAUAGCCGUGGAAGAAUAUAGGCUUUUAAACACUCUGAUAUGUCUGCAUGGUACUUGGGAGGCAGGCAUGAGCUCAUGCAAAGCAACCAACCUGAAAGCAGUAGAGCCACGACACACAUAACCCAGUGCUGAGAUAAGGCCUGACACUAUUUUUGGAGUUCUAAAUGAAAAACUUUUUAUGUAGGAACUUUUUGCUGAAGGAGUACAAGACACUAAGGUUUAACUGCAUUUAACAAAACAGAAAACCUUCAAAAUCCUGUGUUCAUAUGCAUUUAUUUGAACUUAUGUGCAAAACAAAACAAAAAUGCAUGCUAAUGCAAUAAAUGAAAAACAUGAUGUGUGUAGAAACCUCUGCAAUGCAUUAACAUGCAUCUGUAGAGUGUCUUCUGUCCUUUGUGAGGACUGCAAAAGACACACACAUGCAGACUUUUAAUACACCUACUUACUUUUUAAAUACUCCUAGGCCAGAAGAACACUUCAGCUUGCUGUACCAUAAUACUUUAAAAAGUAUCCACUUAAGUUGAAUUUUUUCCAUGUAGUUCACUAUCAGCGCCCUUGGUUACACAGAACACAGCAAAAUACAACUAUGUUAUGUGUGUCAUUACACAUACACUAUGCAUUAAUUUCUCUUAUGUAAGUGUAAUUUUAAUUAAAAGGUAUAUGCUGAAUUAAGAAGAACUUCUCAGAGUAUAACUAACUAAACAAAAUAAAUAAAUAAAAGACCUUUAAUUUUGCAAUAAGGCUUGGAAGAUGUUAUAUAGAAGUUUACAUCAGCUCAAAUGCCAGUGAUCCUUAGAGGGCCUUUGUUUGCAUGACUUGAACCUUGUCUUUUAAAUAUAGCAGGUGCAUUUAUUCAUCAGUCUUUUAUCUGGUUGUUGAGAGGUCUGUCCCCAAAUGGUUUUUUGCCCUGCUCCAGUCAUCAACUUCAAAUGAAACAGCUGUUCAAAAGAUAGAAAGACAUCCUCUUCUCUAAGGGGAACAGAAUGUAUAUAGAGAUUUAAAUAUAUCAUUCGGAUAAAAAAAAUACAGCAUAAAAGGUGAUGCAAGGUAUGUAUCACCUCAUAUCAAGAAGGUAUUUGAGUUGAUAAGGACAUGGCUGUACCCUUAAAGAAUGUCUGAGCUAGCUGUAUGCAAAAUAUCUCUCAGUCCAUCCUGGCUGAUCUUAGAUUUGAGGCUCACACUGAACUGUUGUAAAAUUAAAUUCAUUCUAGAAGUGUGUUAUGAAUUUGUGAAGAUUAAAUUCCUUAUAACAGCUUUAAAGUGUUUGAGUGAUAUAAAGAAAUUCAAAACUGAUUUAAUCAUUCUCUCAAUACCCUGUGAUGCCUAGUGUUAUAACAGCAAAGGGAUACAAAGUACUUCUAAAAAUUUUCAGAGUAUGAAUUUACUUUUUUAAAAAAUCAUUCAUAGACAGGUUCAUUAUUUUAAAUGUUACAUUCUGAAAUGUAUCUGAUACAGAAAGUCGCAGCACUGACAAAGGUAGGUUAGUAAAAACUAAGUUUUAGUUAAGUAAAAACUGAGGUUCUGCUCAAGUCAAAGUGUUUGAAUCAUUCUAUUUUUGUCAGGAACAAGACAGGUUACUAGUAUAAGUUCCUAGCUUUUGUGUCAUUGUCUCUUGCAUGAUCCUCUGCUUGUCUGUCUUAAGAUUCAUUAAUGGACCCUUAAUAAAAAUUCAUUUUAAUUGUGAUACUGCAAGGAAAUAUUUAAUGUUUGCCUUAAUUUCACUUCUUAAGCUGAGAGUGGAUCUGAUUGUUAAAAAACUGCAUGUAUACUUGAGCUCAGAGUCUGCUGUAUGUAUACGUUUCUGCUUGUCCUUGUCAGACUACAUUUUAGACCUUUACUUUUGUAGAAAAGUUAAAAAUGUGAUGAAUGAAGACCUCAGAUGUAAAUAAAAGAUAAUAAGUAACCUCUCUGUGUGUUUCAUUGUCUUUGAUUAAAUCAGAAAACAAGGCAGAAAAAGGAAAGGUAGAAAUGGGGAAAAUGCAAAAAGUCUGUAUGUUUCAACAAGGCAAACUGCUCUUCAGACAGCCUUUAGUGAAGACCUCAAAGUUUCUUUAGUUAGUGAAAACUAAAAAAAAUUAAAUGUUAAAAUAGUUGCAAAAUUAGAUGUUUGGACUCUGAAACUUUUUACAUUGAUUUUAAGUUUUAUAGUCCAGCAUGCCCAUCAAUGAGUGCUGUGCACUUCAGCACUCUGAGUAGGCCUAACUCUAGAAUAGGACUUGAGUUGACAUGUAGAUGAAAAAGAUUUUCUCUUUUUAUUUCAUAUAGCUAGCACAAGGGGGAAAAACAUACAUACUUUGAAAGAAAAGUUGGAAGAUCUUUGGAGAAAACAUGACAAAAAGGGAAGACUUUGGAAGAAGCUAGAGAAGACCAGAGAGACAAUCAGGAUGCAGCAAAACACAAAAAGAGAAAAAUAGAAUUUUUGUCUUGUCCUUCUGGUGUCUUAAUGUAGGUCUUGUUUCACAAAGAGGUUAAUACAGGUCCUUGAAAAAUGGUUGCACCAGUAGUGCUCUUCCUUGCACACAAAAUAAUUUAAGGGAGCAAGCCUCCAGGGGCAUGUUGAGAAAAGAAUCUGUCAUCUGUGGUUUUAUGUUGGCAUUCAUUAUUGUUAUGUGGCAUUAUAUAUGUGUAUGUUUAUUUAUUGCUUAGGGUAGCAAUAACUUACUACUAUGGGCAUAUUCCAGAAAAACUGGAGUUCUUUUAUCUUUUCUCCAAAUAUUGGAAAAGCCUUUUGUUUGGUUGAUUGGUCAGUUUUGCUUUAUUUUAUUUUGGUUUUAGUUUUCUUAUUGUUGUUGCUUUCUAGUUCUUUCUGCAACCUGGAAAUAAAACCAGCUUUUUCACAUUACUAUUUAAAACAUCUAGAUGGCAUGCUAUACAAGAUCGGAAUAUGUUUGUAAGUAACGUAUUAGUCUCCUCUACAGUGGUGAGAAUAUUUAUGGACUUCAAGGUCUCAAGAUAAAAGUGGUGUUUCAACAGGUGACCAAACUGUAAUCUUUGUCAUCUUUACAGGUCAACAUACAGAGCUGCAAAAUCCCAAGCUGACAUAAUGAACAACCAAGAAGCUGGUGUUUUGUGUUGCUGGAGAUGUAGGAAAUAUAUAGCAAAUUCUGUUUUUCUUGCAAAAUGUAAUGGGAAAAAAAUGUCCAAAAUAUCACAACCUUCAGCUACUUCUCAGAAUUCUUGCAAUGUAUGGCGUGUGAGCCUAGAAGCCAUUCCAGAGUGGGUGAAAUGUGUCAUUGAAAAGGCACAGUGGACAAUUGGAAAACUGCACUGUCCAUUCUGUGAGGCCUGCUUAGGGGGCUUUAACUUUGUUUGCAACAAAGAAUGUUCCUGUGGACAGUUAGUAAAUAUACAUUUCUUCAAAACUUGGACUGAGGAUCAGCCACCUUUCUCUGUUAAAUUGUCAAAAUCAUCAGAGAAACAUUUGCUUCUCAAAAUUCAGUCUGGUUUUAACAAGGAUACCUGCCAUGAAGUGGUAACUGCAACUCUGGAAAUCAUAAAUCAAGGGCUUUCGUACACAGGUGGAAGUAAUAAUGGUUCUGGAAGAUUAACAGAAGCACUUUGUCUAGAAGUAAGAGCUCCCAGAUAUGAGAUAGAAAGUAAAAAGCUUUCCUUAAAGGCAUUAAAUCAAAAAAGAAAUCUACCUUCUUCCUAUCCCAUAAGAGAUUCAUGCACUGUAAAACCUUUUCACAGAUCACAUAGCUUGGAUUUAAAUGUCAGAGAAAGACUUGUUUUGUCACCUGUGUUAUAUGAAACUUCCAGCAUGGGAACACUUUACCGUGGCAAAAAUGAAAAUUCACCUGCUAACGUACAAGGGAGCUUGCAAUUAGAGUCCAGUAGGAAAGAUGAUAGUUCUUUUCAGGAUCUCUAUAGUUCCAGGGCUGACACACUACAAAACCAAUUUCAAGUUACUUCUGUUGCUACAUUACUACGCGGAGACACUGAAAGUGAGUGUGAUUUUGAAGUUACUGGACAAUCUUCUGGGAGUGUCAUUGCUGAUGGGUUACCAUUUGUGAUGAAUCUUUCCUCGCCUACAAGGGCUGUAGAAGACAAACAAUACAUCACACCUGGUGGUCUUGUGCAGCCUACGAGUAUCUCCUUCAACCAAAAGCUGAGUAAGAGGGAAAGAAACAAGUCAAAAAGCCUGAGGACAAAACAAAGAAGGCGAGAGCAAUGUCUGCAGAAGCAACUUGCAAAUGAUAACCUGCAUACAGAUGAUGAGCAUGAACUCAGAGAAGAUAAAGAAAGCUAUCUCUGUGCUGUGUGUCUGGAUGUUUAUUUCAACCCUUAUAUGUGCUAUCCAUGCCACCAUAUAUUUUGUGAACCUUGCUUAAGGAUGCUUGCCAAAGACAAUCCAGCCAGCACUCCAUGUCCACUGUGUCGCACUACAAUUGCCAGAGUCUUUUUCCAAACAGAUCUGAAUAACUCUACCAGAUCUUUUUUCCCUAUGGAGUAUUUGAAUCUAAAGGAAAAUUUUCAAAAAUCCAAUUCUGCUAAAUGGCCUCUACCAAGCUGCAAGAAAGCAUUCAGAGUUUUUGAAGGUUUUCGAAGGCGCUCAAAUACUGUAACAAGGAGGCAUUUCCCACAUGCUGCUCACAGGAUGGACUUUAUGGACUUCGAGGACGAUAGCCGUGGAUGGCGGUUUGAUAUGGACUUGGUGAUCAUCUACAUUUAUUCAGUCAACUGGAUAAUAGGAUUUAUUGUUUUCUGUUUCCUUUGUUAUUUCUUUUUCCCUCUUUAGGCUGUAGAAAUAACAGUUAAGGAAAGUCACAGUCAUGUGAGCAGAAAAAUUGUGAAUAGAAAAAUAUUGAAAAAAGGUGAAAUGUUUGAUACUGCAUUUUUAUCAUUCAGAAUUGGAAUAGACUGCAUCAAGCAUGCUGUGAAGCUGUUCGAUACUUCUCCUUUAUGUGACAAAGUACUUGAAUUUGGUUACAAAUGUGAUGUGAAAUCCACAUCAUACUUCUUCAGUGGGAGUUUUGCCUUUGGGAAAUUUUGAUGGGAAAAGAAUUUACCCCUAAGUUAUAAAAUUAUUACUCUGUAGAAGUAAUCCCAGUUUUUAGGGGAGGUCUGUGUACUGCAGAAGAAUGUAAUCUAUAGAGACAUUUAGGGGUUUGACUCUGCGUUGACACACUUCACUCACUCAUUGGUGCUUCAGUUCCUUAUACAUAAAAGCAAUAAAGAUGCUUCCCAUUUUUACUUAGAUCUUUUGGGAGCAGAAGUGCUGUACCAUGCAUUAUAUAGACAUUCAUCAGGGCUAUUUCAGUGCCAUGAUCUAAAUCCUGGAAAAUUUUGAAAACUGAUAGACCUGUCAUCAUUCCACUGUAAUAAUUUGAGCCUAUUAACCAAAAAGAAAAAUUACACUGCAGUGUGCUGCCAGUUCAUCUUUUCAGCAAAUAGCAAUCAAAAGGAAUCAACUAACAACCACAAGUUCUGCACAACAGGAGGACCAUUUUGUGCAGAUUCCCAGCACCAUGCCUUUUUUACCCAUUCAGAUGAGUGUGUUUGGAUCCUGCAAGACUAAUGGAGGGCAAGCAGCUGGCCUGCCAGCGAUGAUGCUGUGAGACACUGACCCAAAUAAAUACUGGAGACAGAAGCAUUCUCCAGUGUAAGAAAUCAGAGUCAUUAUUAAAUUGCUGUAAAACCUGAGGAUACUUUUAAAUAUGGGCUCUCCAGGACUUUAUGUCUCAUCGGAAAGGACAUAAGAGGGCACAGUGUUUAUCUGCACCUUUCUUGUGAAACUAUUUUAAAGCACUUUAUAGUUAUUCUAAAUACAGACUGAUGAGUUACAGUACCAAACAGCAGCCAGUUCAACAAUAAUUCCAGACUUGCUGCUUUACACAGUAUUUUCAAGUGAAAGUGAAAGAACAUCUAUUAUAGUAAGAGAUACUAGAAAUGAAUGUGGGAAUCAGGUGCUGAAGAAUGGCACAAGGUAGUUUAGGGCUUCACUUUUCAGGGAGGUACAAGGAAGCACAAGGAAAUUUUUAUUUCUAGUGGCAUGACUCUUCAAAGUACACUGUACUUCCAUCUAGAAAAGCAUGUGAGUGUAGGUAUAUUGUCCCUCUAGUAUCAGAAUUUGUGUGGGAAACCUGUGGUUUUUCAGUAGGUGGUGUACUCCCCUGUUCUAGCAGAGAACAAGGAGAAAUAUGCUGUGGAAUGUGCCAUCUGCCAAAUGUGAUGGAAUGAAAUCAGAGCUUUAUUAAGAAUGAUCUUAUAUUCCUUUACUGGAGCAGCUCCAGCAUGGUCAGCCUCUUAUAGGCUAUGAAGGGAUCAGGACCAUAAAUUUUCACUUAAUCUGAAAAUCAGCAGUAAAUCAACUACUAAUAUUUUGUUUUCUAACAGGCUGCAUAAAACAAUCUUUUCGGGAAUAUAUGAGUAGAAUUAAAAACUACAAGUAUAACUACACUGAUUAGACUAAAUAAUCUGUCAUCUUUUUUAAUAUAUGCAAAUUUAAAGAGAUGUAAGAACUGAAAUUCACCAUCACACAUACUUGUGGUUUUGACAAAAAUACAUUUUUGUAAUAAGAAUAAUCCACUUAGUUACUUUGUCUCUUCCUAAAAGUGACUGGCUUUAUUAUUAGUGGCAUUAAGCAUAAUGUUUUAAAAGCUUUAAGGCUGUAAUAAAACAUUUGGUGGAAGUAUUUUAAAAACUAGGGGGUAUAAGUCAUAGGCUCCUGUUUGUCUCCAUGCAGGUGUGUGGGUGUGUAUGCUAAAAUAUUAUCCAUAAAUUUAAACAGAUCUCACAUGUAUGCCAGGACUGCCAUUUUAACUGCAAUUUUUGCCUCCCUAGACUUAUGAAAUUACUGCUCAUAUGUCAGAAAAGGGAGGGACCAACUCCCUGUUAAGACAAAAUUGCUUCUACCUUUUGAUCUCAAAAAACCCAAAAUAAAAAAAUGUCAUGAAAAAUUACUUUUAGUGACAUAGUCUAAAAUUCCAGUAAUAAUGUAAUUUAAAUUGUUUUAACCAGGAAGUCUGGUAAAACAAUAUCCUUUAGUAAAUAUUCAAAAAUAUAUUAAAACUUAAGAAAUGUAAUAUAGAAGCUAACUAGUUAUACAAGAAAAAGUUGCAUCAUGUUUAAUAGCAUGUUACCAUGGUUUUAUUUGAAAAAGGGCCACAAAGAAGAGUAAAAAUAAAUCUAAUACUGGCUUCUUUUGUACAUUUUCAACAAGAAUUGAUGACUGAGACAUUUUUCUAAAGUCAGUAGGACUCACAAUUUUGCAGGACAUGUCUAAUUGUUUAACUCUACCUUUCUUCAAGGCCUAAGCUAUUUCUUGAGCAAUACUGUUUUAUUUUAUAUGGGUUGUUAUUAGUUCCAGAGGAAGAUUAUUCAUUAAUUAUUAAAAAUGCACAUUAUGAAGACUACUCCAACUCUGAGAGAUUGAUCCUCCAUAGGAAAACACCUGAGGUAUAGAGUGGAGAUGCACAUUUUUGUCAUAUAUUGGGGUUUUUAGAGAUACAUACUUUUGUAAAAAUACAGAAACAGUUUAAAUGCUCAAAUUUGGUUUUCCUUGAAGUCUGCUGUAAAAUGCUGUUAAUAUUCUCUUGGAGUAAGAGCAGGUCCUUUGUAGGCUAUUUUCUGGUUAAAUUGAUCCUGAUCAGCAAGCUUGUAUUUCUUAACCACCAUAGUAUUAAAAUGUUUACAAUAAAAUUUGAGUUGUUUUUAA